AUGGAACCACGCGCUCGUGUUGGCAAAAACCGCGGUCAACAAAACUUCAGCGACAGAGAACUUGACAGCUUUCUAUAUGCCUUCGGCGACGUCCACACCCCUCUCGAAGGCACACGCAAAGUCCUAGACGAACUCCUCACCGACUUCGUUACCGAAAUUUGUUUCGAAGCAGCGCGCUCCGCGACCCUCGCCGGUCGCCAGAAAGUCAAACUCGACGACAUAAAGUUCACAUGCAGGAAGAAUCCAAAGUAUCUGGGCAAGAUUCAGGAUACGCUCGAUAAGAAGAGCGAGAUUGAUAAGGCGAAGAAGCUGGUGGAUAUGAAUGAUGAUAAGAUUACGAAGAGUGAUGUUAAAGGGUUGGAGGAGGAAUUGGGGGAUGGUGAUGAUGACGACGAGAAAGUUACGUUGGGGGGACGGAGUAGUAAGAAAUAA